GGGGACCAAAGCGCGGAACCACUCAAAUCGGGCCGUGGACGUCCAGAACUUUGGGAAGUCACAAAUUCUUCUACAAUCGCGGAUUCUCCUGGCUGAACAAAAUCAAACAAGAAUUCAAUCGCAAACCCCCAGUAUCAUAUAUAAAACCGUUGCUACGGCGAAGAAUUACGAAUCGGUUUCAGCUACAUGUCCUUGAUCUAGUCUCAUCUCGGAGACCGUCUUCAUUUCUCGCGGUACCAGACGCUUGUAUCACCCUUUUGACGCCAACGUUUGCGACACAUAUCAGACUCAGAGGCUGAGAAAUGACCGUUUGUCAACAGUAUGGCCACAGAAACAGUCGAACCCACGAUACAUGAACAUGAGCCGGCAAGAAACCCAAUAGUCGUACCCAAAGUGCAUCCAGCAGCAAAGUCGGAAGAUUUCACUACGUCGUCUUCUGCGCCGAGUACAGAAUCUACCACAAGGCACAAUAUAAGCUCCGAAGAGGACUUUUCUGCAUCUGACUUGGGCCAACCGAGCCGGAACUUCCAGGUAGACGAUUUUGAGCUUAUAAAGACCCUAGGAACAGGAACCUUUGCGCGUGUCUGGCUUACGCGCGUGAAGAAUGAUCCUAGGAAGGACAAUGUCUACGCAUUGAAAGUUCUCCGUAAAGCAGACGUGAUCAAGCUCAAACAAGUUGAACAUGUCCGCAAUGAGCGAAGAGUUUUAGGUGCUGUAGCUGGAUAUCCCUUCAUUACAACCUUGAUCACUACAUUUUCGGACGAUCAGUCUUUAUACAUGCUGUUGGAUUAUUGUCCCGGCGGCGAAAUAUUCACCUACUUACGACGCGCGCGGACUUUUAGCGACGCAACAGCCAAGUUCUAUGCUGCAGAAAUCACAUUAACAAUAGAGUAUCUACACGACGUUCAGGGCGUUGCGUAUCGGGACCUCAAACCCGAAAAUAUUUUGAUUGAUACCGACGGACACAUCAAACUAGUCGACUUUGGAUUCGCAAAACAAGUGGGUAACCGUGAAACCUAUACCCUCUGCGGGACACCGGAUUAUCUGGCGCCAGAAGUGAUUCAUAACAGCGGCCAUGGUCUUGCAGUUGACUGGUGGGCGUUGGGGAUCCUGAUAUAUGAGUUUCUGGUCGGACAACCACCUUUCUGGGACCAGAAUGUCAUGCGAUUAUACGAACAGAUUGUCGAAGGCCGCCUUCGCUUUCCACAUAACAUGAACCUCGCAGCGAGGGAUAUCGUCUCGCAACUCUGCAAGACAGAUGUAACGCAACGCCUGGGUUAUAUCCAGGGAGGCUCUAAAAGAGUCAAAGCCCAUCCUUGGUUCGACAAUAUCAACUGGGAUGACCUUUACAAUCGGCGGGUCAAGGGACCUAUUAUUCCACGUUUGGAACAUGCGGCUGAUGCAACGAAUUUUGAGGAAUAUCCUCCUCCUCCGGAUUCGGACCAGUUGGAGCCGUAUACAACUGAUAUGAGAGAAAAGUAUGAGCCUCUUUUUAAUGAUUUUUGA